ACAAAAGUCUUCUUGUCCUCCUCUGCUUGGCUCCACAUCCUUUAUCUCUGCCUCUCUCUCUCUCUGAGACUGGAAAGCUUCGUCACUCCCUCUGAAGUACAUAGCUCGAUCUCAAUCGCUCAAUUCUCUGUUCUAACCACCAAAUAUUUCCCUUAAGAAAUGCCGAAGUGCUUCAGCUUCGCUGUCGCGGGGAACUGGUGCUACCGCUACGCCUUCUCCAACGCCGGCCUCCGGUCCACCACAACGGACCUCGGCGACGGUACCGUCAUGCACUGUUGGGUCCCCAAGCUCCACAGCCAGUCCAAGCCCAACCUCCUUCUCAUCCAUGGUGUCGGCGCCAACGCAAUGUGGCAGUGGAACAACUUCAUCUCAUCGCUCACCCCUCACUUCAACGUCUACGUCCCGGACCUGGUCUUCUUCGGGGACUCCUACUCGACCCGUUCCGAACGCUCCGAGGCCUUCCAGGCCCGGUGUGUGAUGGCUGUGAUGGAGGCCCAGGGGUUAGUGAAGACGAUGAGCGUGGCUGGGAUAAGCUACGGCGGGAUUGUGGCAUACAGCAUGGCGGCGCAGUUUGGGGAGAGGGUGGAACGGUUGGUGCUGUGCUGUGCCGGGGUUUGCAUGGAAGAUAAGGACAUGGAGGAGGGUAUGUUCCAGGUGAAGAACGUUGACGAAGCUAUUAGUAUUCUGCUGCCGCGGAGUCCGGAGAAGAUGAGGGAGUUGAUGCGACUCACGUUUGUUAAGCCUAAUUUCAAAGCCGUGCCGUCAUGCUUUCUCAACGAUUUCAUCCAUAUGAUGUGUUCAGAACAAUUUCAAGAGAAGAAAGAAUUGAUUCAAGCAUUGCACAAGGAUAGAAAAUUGUCUGAUCUUCCCAAGAUUACCCAGCCAACGCUAAUCAUCUGGGGAGAGAAAGAUCUGGUAUUCCCGCUGGAAUUGGCACACAGAUUGAAAAGGCUUGUGGGUGAGAAUGCAAAACUAGUGAUCCUAAAAAAUGCUGGGCAUGCAAUCAACAUUGAGAAACCCAAAGAGAUGUGCAAGCUCAUGAAAUCUUUCCUCAUCGACCCACUUCCUUCACCUAAGCAAGUGAGUCACAGCAAUGGCCGCAAGGUGGACUGAAAGUUUUACCAGUGAAGUUGAAGAGAAUUCGAGUAGGUGAUUUCUCAGUCGAGCAUCAGUCUCGAGAUGGGUGGUGUUGUGUGGAUAACAUGGAUGAUAUGAAGUUAAAUGUGUAAGUAUUCAUUAUUUUUAUGUAGACGAUAUAGCUAAAAUCAUAGCAUUGCAGCAAAGGACGAGAUGAUCAUGUCGAUCACUAUCAAGAAAGUUAAGCUUAGAAGAUGAUUUCACUAGACUUGCAGAGGACAGUUAAGCCCUUGGUUUGAAACUUUGUAUCUAAGAAAGCCGAGGAUAUAUUAUCUUGGAAAAUGUUUUUGAUCUUUAA